AUGCUUUUGUCUUUUCAAUAUUCUUAUUUUUUUGCAUAAAAAGAUAGAUUUAGUAUAUAAACUAUAUUUUUCUACAGUUUAAUAUACUUAACACUUUAUUGCUUGUUUUUAUCAUCACUUACCAUAUAAAUAAAUACUUUUGAAAAAUAAUAUGAUCAUUCAUCAUAUUUAUAUUUUAUGGUUAUUAUUUUUGUACUUCAGUAUAUUUAUUGGCAUUAUUACAUAGCCAAUGGCUAAUGCAAUCAAUAAUAAUAUCAUAUCCUUAAUAAUGAUAGGAAUUAGUGCGACAAUAUUGAAAGGAAAUAUCCAUGA